UGCAAAUGGUCCGCAGGGAUGCCUAUGAAUCGGAUGCACCCUCCGGUCCCGGAGGGGCUUUUAACCUGCUCCGGCUUGUCGGGCAUUCCAAGCACCUAUCAUCGGGUUUCGUCGGCUUCGCCAUCAAAUCCUUCUCUGUGUCAGCUGGCGCCUCCGUUGUUUUUGGCAUGGCAUCUUACAUGCUCUUUUCGAAGCAUAUCGGCCCCGUCAUGCCAUUCCUGGGGGGUGCCGCGUUCGGUUUCGUGGGGGGCCUGGUUCACCGCUACAUGAACGACCUGGACGAGGCCCAGUUGAUGCUGACCCGCUACCCUAAGAUUAUGGAGUACCACGUAGGGCAGGUUGAGCCUAGCGAGCUCCGGGAUGUGUCCUUCGCGGACUGGCUCCGAGACCAAAAAUCCAGCCUCAGGAAGCAGGGGGUGCUCAUCGCGGCCCUCUACUCCGCAGCCGACACACUCAGCAAACUGCAGGAGGAGGAAGAGGAACGCAUUCUUACGGAGAACUAUGGGGCAGCAGCAGCAGCGGCGGCGGCGGAACAGUGAACGAAACAGGCACGUGCACAUAGACGCAACUCGGAUGAAGAACAGCCCAGGAUGCAGGGCGAAAAGAACGAGCCCUCCAUGUGGUGCUGAUGGUGGUGCUGAUGGUGGUGGUGGUGGGGAAAUACUCGUGGGGCCUCAAAGGGGUUAAUCCUUCUCUUACUGAAUUGAUGGAAUAAUGGUAAACCUGCAACAUAUCCCCCCAUGAUAUGCAGUAGU